UACUGCUGUUGUUAAUAGUAGUAGGCCUAACGACUAAUGCAUGUGUACUACAAAUUAUAAUACUGUAACUUGUGUGUUUAUUAUUGCCAAUGGUAUAAAAGGUUGGUUUUAUUAUAUAUAAAGUACUUCAUUUAAACUAAACAUGGCACGCAAACGCACCAGACAAGUAGAAGAAGAAAGGGUGGAACCAGCAGUUGAUGCUGAUGACUUUUUUCCUGAUAUUCCUAAUACCGUGGAUGAUAUCAAUGACUUUCAAGUGGAAGAACCUUCUUUUUCAACUCGAGGAAAGAAGAGAAAAAUAGAAGGUCGUGGUAGAGGUCGUCCAAAGGAUUCAGGAAAGAGACGUGGAGGUCAAGUGGAAAUUCCAGGAGAAGAUGUUAACAGUCUCUUUGAAAUAGUGAAGCAAGGAAGAAGUUCUUUACAGUGUGUGGUAGAUGACUGGAUAGAAUCGUAUAAACAAGACCGAGAUACUGCCCUACUUGACUUGAUGCAGUUUUUGGUUGAAUGUGCUGGAUGCAGAGGUCGGAUCACUCCACAAAUGCAGGCAGGUUUAGAACAUGCCCAGAUAAUUCGGAAGAUGACUGAAGAAUUUGAUGAGGAAAGUGGGGAUUAUCCUCUCAUCAUGUCAGGCCCACCCUGGAAGAAAUUUCGUUCCAAUUUUUGUGAAUUUGUACAAGUGCUCGUAAGGCAGUGCCAAUACAGCAUUAUUUAUGAUCAGUAUCUCAUGGACAAUGUGAUUUCUCUCCUGACUGGUCUAUCAGACUCGCAAGUCCGAGCUUUUCGCCAUACUGCAACCUUGGCAGCCAUGAAGUUAAUGACAGCUUUGGUGGAUGUUGCUUUAAACCUCAGCAUCAAUCUAGACAACACUCAGAGACAGUAUGAAUCUGAGCGUCAAAAGAAUAGAGAUAAACGAGCAACAGAACGUCUAGAAAUGUUGAUGACUAAACGCCAAGAGCUGGAAGAGAAUAUGGAAGAAAUAAAAAACAUGCUGACCUACAUGUUCAAGAGCGUCUUUGUCCAUCGCUACAGGGAUACAUUACCUGAAAUUAGGGCUAUUUGUAUGUAUGAGAUUGGCCAAUGGAUGAAAAAAUUCCACUCCCACUUCUUAGAUGACAGCUACCUAAAGUAUGUAGGGUGGAACCUCCAUGAUAAGGUUGGAGACGUGAGGUUGAAAUGCCUCCAGGCACUUCUUCCUAUGUACGGAGCAGAAGAGCUUACUUCUAAACUGGAGCUGUUCACAAACAAGUUUAAGGAUCGAAUUGUUGCAAUGACGUUAGACAAAGAGUAUGACGUUGCUGUUCAUGCUGUGAAACUAGUCAUUAAUAUUCACAAGUAUCACCGUGAAAUCUUGACUGAUAAGGACUGUGAGCAUGUUUAUGAACUGGUGUACUCUUCUCAUCGAGCCAUUGCCCAAGCUGCUGGGGAAUUCUUAAAUGAACGGUUGUUUCAACCGGAUGAGGAAGCUGUUCAGGGUUUGCUCACAAAGAGAGGAAAGAAGCGAUCCAUAAAUACACCUUUGAUCCGAGAUUUAGUACAGUUUUUUAUUGAAAGCGAACUUCAUGAACAUGGAGCAUAUUUAGUGGACAGUUUGAUAGAAAGUAAUCCGAUGAUGAAAGACUGGGAAUGUAUGACAGACCUGCUUUUAGAAGACCCGGGACCUCAAGAAGAGCCACUGGAUGAUCGCCAGGAAACUUCACUCAUUGAAAUCAUGGUUUGUUGCGUGAAACAGGCAGCCACUGGGGAGCCUCCUGUUGGCAGAGGGCCUAAUCGGAAGCAACUCUCAGCCAAGGAACUAAAGCAAAUAGCAGAUGACAGAAUACGACUGACCGAGCACUUCAUCCAAACAUUGCCACACCUUCUGGCUAAAUAUAUUGCUGAUCAUGAGAAAAUUGCCAACCUUAUGGUCAUUCCUCAGUACUUUGAUCUGGAGAUUUACACCACCAGUAGGCAGGAGAAGAAUUUAGACAGCUUAUUGAAAUUGAUCCAUGAAGUUGUAGAAAGACACAAUGAUACAGAAGUUUUGGAGUCCUGUGCUAAAACAUACGAGUCAUUAUGUAAUGAAGAUCUGGCUAUCCAUUCUCGGUGCGCUGUCUCCAGGGGGACUCUUAUUGACUCUUUGGUACAUAGGUAUCGCCAGGCUUUAAAUGAGUUUGUUGAAGCUGGUGAAGAAGUGGAUGAAGAUGAAGUAUUCACUAUUACCUCAGCCCUCAAAAAGGUCUCUACUUUUUACAGCUGUCACAAUUUAGGACCUUGGGGGAUUUGGGAAGGAGUUUAUGACUUUUGGGUGAAAGGUGCAUUGCAAGAGGAUAAAGGUCUGCCAGAACAAGCUGUUCGAUAUGCCAUAUCUUGUUGUUCCAUGGGCAUCAUGUGGGAAUUGAAUGUCUUGGAUGAAUCUAGUCCUAAAAUAGCCCUGGUACAUGGCUUGCAGGUUCGACUGCAGGAAUUCAUGGAGACUAUGAGAGAGUUGUUACACCAUCACAAUGAUGCCUACCAGGAGGAGGCAUUCAUUACCAUCUGUGAUCUGAUGAUAGUUUUCUGUAAGCAGCUGGCAGAAAAUGCCGAGCAUGCUUUAGGGUCAUUAGUCUAUAAACCGAGUAGAACUCUCCAACUACAGCUGGGAGCUUUUAUACAGGACAAGGUGUUUGUGGAGGAUGACGAUGACGAACAAGACGAGCACACCAAAAUUGAAGAGUUACACAAAAGGAGGAACUUCUUGGCUUCUUUUUGCAAGUUAAUUGUUUAUAACAUCAUCAGCAUUAAGCAAGCAGCAGAUAUUUUUAAACAUUAUGUUCGAUUUUACAAUGAUUAUGGAGACAUCAUUAAGGCCACUUUAGGAAAGGCCAGGGAGAUCAACAAGGUCAACUGUGCUAGAACCAUGGCUUUGUCUCUUACCACUUUGUUUAGAGAGAUGAAAACUGAACAGAACACAAGCCUUAUAAAUCGAAAUGAUGAUAGCUUUAUUGGCAUAAGAGUGAGUGUUUUCUUUUUCAACCAAAGAUAAGUAAAGGUUCAAAAUUUUAAAUGGCACCAAAAACAGCCAGAAUAAUGUUUAGUUUCUGAUAUUCUCCCUCUCCAAAAUGUCAGCCUCAGUUUUUUUCAGUAAA